UACUUGCUCCCUCCAUUUCCUCUUGUUAUUGAGUAUAUUUUUCUCUCUCAUGUUUCUGCCUGCCACGUCAUAAUUUUCAGGCGUACCUAGCCUACCCUACACCCUUAGUCACACAAAUACAAUUACUAGUCUCUAUUAUUCUUUUUGCUGUUUGUUGCUCUCUUAGGUAAUUUUAUUUUGAGACUUAACUUCUUUCCUUCUCUUUCGCAUUUAAUUUAUCUUACUUGUAUAACAUAUUUGCAUUUAAUGUUGUCUCACUAGUCACUAAUAAUUUAUAGUUUUUGUAGCUUUGUAGUUUUAGCAUCUUAUCUUUUGUCAAUUGUCACACCCCUGUAAAAAUAUUCUACUAAUAAGCUAGCUAGCUAGCUAGGGCUUUUGAGUUCUUCUUCAUUGAAAAUUCAGAUCAUCCAAUUCCUCUUCCUCCAUUGAAAUUAGGCUUGCUAGUGCAAGAAAUGCUGGGCUCUUCCUCAUAUAGUUCGGAGGAAGACAGAGAUCACGACCGAUCUUGGCCGUUGUUGGAUCUGCCGCCUCUACCCCAACAACCACCUUUAAGGCUAUUAGAUUAUCAACGCUUGUUGAUUAGUAGUGGUGGUAAUACUACUAGUAUUAAUACUAGUAUUACUACUGCUGUUGUUACUGUUGCUUCAUCUUCUGUUGUACUAUCAUCAACACCGCCAACGUUGUUAUCAACAUCACCGCAGUCUUCAGUGAUUCAUCCACGGCAAUUGUUGGUUACUUGUGCUGAGUUGAUUUCAAGGUCCGACUACUUGUCUGCCAACCGCCUUCUUUCCCUUAUUUCAACUGAUUUCUCCUUACAAUCUGGGGACUCCACUGAAAGACUUGUGUAUUAUUUUUGCAAAGCCUUAAGGGAGCGUCUCAAUCGACAUUUGUUAUCAACCACAACUUGUGUUAUCAACAACCCUAAUAUUAUUACAUUAUUACCUCAUCAACGUCCCAUUUUUCCAUCCCCUCAAAUAAUUCCUAGACGACCUUCAAGAGAUGUAACAACUAGAUACUCAUCUUACCUUUCACUCAACCAAGUUACCCCGUUCAUCCGAUUCACUCACUUGACGGCCAAUCAAGCGAUUCUUGAGGCGGUUGAGGGUUACCCAUCGAUCCACAUACUCGACAUGGACAUCAUGCACGGUGUUCAAUGGCCUCCUUUAUUGCAAGCCAUCAUGGAGAGGUCGAGUACCCUAGGGCGCCCUUCUCCUACAAUCUGCAUCACGGGGGCAUCCUAUGAUCCCAAUCUCCUAGACAGAACUGGGGACAGACUUCGAAGAUUUGCCGAAUCCCUAGGCCUUGAGUUCGAAUUCUGUCAUCUCGUACUUGACAACUCUCAACUACUUGAUCACUCUGAGGCGGUGACCCAUGCUUUAUUAGAUCACCGCCUCAGAUUUAGGUUUGAUCAAGUGGAGGAAGCCCUCGCAAUUAACUGCGGGGACUACCUCCACUGCCUCCUAACCAGAUCCCUUAGGAGGUUUCUUUACAAGGUCAAGACCCUAAACCCUAGAGUCUUGACAUUAGGAGAAAGAGAAGCUGAUCAUAACCAUCCUCUCUUUUUAAGGAGGUUUGUAGAGGCACUUGAUCACUAUGGAGCCGUAUUUGACUCCUUAGAAGCCACCCUACCUCCACAAAGUCAAGAGAGGCUGGCAGUCGAGGAUUCAUGGUUCGGGGAGGAGAUAAAAGACGUCGUGGGGGAAGAAGGAGAACAAAGAAAACAAAGACACCAACGGUUCGAGUCGUGGGAGAUGGUAUUGCAUAGCUCGGGGUUUAAGAGUCUACCCUUGAGUCCUUUUUCAUUGUCUCAAGCUAAGUUGUUACUCAGGCUUCAUUAUCCUUCUGAAGGAUACCAGCUUCAGGUUGUUAAAAGAAAUUGUUUGUUGCUUGGAUGGAAGAAUCGCCCUCUUUAUUCUGUAUCUUCUUGGCAAUAACUUCUUCUUCUUCUUCUUCUUCUUCAAUAUUUUUAAGUUUAAACUUCUUUUGGUAAUUAAUUAAUGGUGAUUUAUAAAUAAAUAGGUAUAAAAGUCUUCUUCUACCUUGUUCUCCAUCA